AUCCGAACAUGUUCUUCAUGCCGAAUUGUUUGCUUGCAGUUUUGCAGUUUCUCGGUUUGUGUAGCACUGCAUUGUACUGUGCAUUAAUAACUGCAUAAGCCAGUGUCGCCUUAUAUGCGUUGCUUGUGUGUUGUGUUAAUGCCGAUCGUCGUAUAUUAGUUAUAUUAUAUCUGACAAGAAGACCGGCGGAAGUAGGUGAAAACGGCUAUUCACAUGCACACCAGCAAUCAUUUAUGACGCGAAAGCGAAAGUUCACUCUCAACCAACAAUUAUCGCGGAGAAUUCAUCUCUUUGCGGAUCUCUAGCCUUUUUACUCUUAUUUGUCGAUACCACACAGGCACACACUGCGUUGCGGAAUCUCCAUCGGAUAUAUACCAUUUAAUUUAAUUUAGAUUAACCAUACACUGAUCUAAUUCUUCUGGGAUUUUGCGGAAAGAUUUAACUGCUCAAGAAGAUUAAUUAUGCAUCGAGAUUCGGCGCAGAACGGCUGAGCACAGGCCUAAUAACCGGAUUAUUUAAUUUAUCUGUGCGUCGCGGCUUUUGUACGGAUUAUUAUCGUUACGUUGCCGGUUUGUUUUGUGGCUCGUUAUGGUUAUGCAAACUUAACGAGCGCGUGAACUGCCUGCGGAAUAUGCAUCUCAGCUGUCCUGCCUGGUUUCGGCAUUUCUUGGUUUUCUUCAUUUUUACAAGGGCGGCGGCCCGUGCUCAAUUUGCCAGCGGAAAUGCCAACAACAAACUUCUGGGAUUCAAGAAUAACCCCAAAGUGCGGGCGGAGUGCAAUCGCGACAACAUGUUCGUGUCGGUGGACACCAGCGAGCCCUUCGCCGGCAUCAUCAACGCGCGCGGCCACCGCGACUCCUGCUUCCAGCUGGGCGACGGCAAGAGCCGCCAGACGGUCCUCAUCGUGCCGCUCCUCAACACGCCCAACGACCCCAUCUACUGCGCGCAGCAGCGCGACAUUGCGACCGGCGACUAUAAGGUGGUCAUCGAGGUGCACGCCCACAAAAUGCUGGAGCUGGAGAACGACAAGAUGUUCAUCAUCAGCUGCUCGCAGAACGGAUUACUCGCCAACGGAAGCGUCCGACUUUCGUUGCUGCAGAGAGGCGAAGAGGUAGCCAACAACCGGCUGGUGCAGGGCGAGCAGUACCUGCUGAGCGUCGUCUACUCCAACGCCACCAUCCGCAACCAGCAGCUGGACGUCACCAACUGCGUGGCCUUCGGGCGCUCCAACGCCACGCAGCAGCUGAGCGACAACCGCGGGUGUCCGGUGGACAACAGUCCGCUGGGCAAGUUCGACGCCAACGACACGGCGGCCGUGGCCGUCGUCAGCAAGAUGUUCAAGUUCCAGGACUCCACGCAGAUGCACAUCCAGUGCGAUGUCGGCUUCUGCCGGGUCCCCUGCCAAAAGCCGUUGUGUCCGGGCGAGGCCGGCUACAACCCCAACGCGGAGAGCAUGCUGAAGAUCCCGCGCAGUGACGUCAGCACGCAGGGACUGGCCGGCGCCACCUUCACCGUCGUCGAGCCGGGCAGCACCGAUGGAGCCGUGGCGGUGAGCGCGACGGCCAACCAGUGCGGCUACGGCGAAUGGGUCUUGGCGCUGUGCAUCACCUUCGGGAUCCUCUUCCUCAUCAUGCUCAUCGUGAACAUCAUAAUGUGCUCGGCGGUGUCGUGCAACUGCACGCGCAAGGACCGCACCGACGAGAUCCACGCGGAGCCGGCGUCGGCCUGGGGCGAGUACGACACGGUGAAGAACGUGUGGUCGCACACCAGCGGGAUGUCGGGCGCCGGCAGCAUCCCCGGGGACCGGCACAGCGUCCACAGCAUCCCGGUGAACGGGCUGGUGGGUCAGUCGCAGUACCAGCCGCGUGGCCCCUCCCCCUACUACCAGCCACCGCCACCCCUAGGGCGGCCGCUGCAACUGCACGACCCGGCGUUGGAGCGCGAGGAGCUGUCGCUGCGGGAGCGCAGCAUGCAUCCGGGAUACGGGGAUCACUACGCCAUGGUGCACCGCAACGGAUCCUCCACCAAGUAUUGACCGGACCUGACUUUUCUGCACCGGAAGUCGCUGGGUGCGUCCCGGUGCAUUUAGUUGUGAUUUCGAUGAGCAGUUGUGUUUUUCUCUUGAACACGUUAAAUUCCCUGGAGUGGGACCGCAAAGAAAUUUUAGUUGAAGCUGAUGGGCAUUUCUUUCUGGUUUGUACAAUAUUAGUGCGGCUGCGCGUUAACGUUGAUCGCAUAUUUUCUAAUGUCCUCGGUUGAUCACAGUUGUACUGUACGUAGCUGCUGAUUUUACUACUACUGUACUUUUAACUCUUGGCUGUGUUCGUGCGUGACGGCGGCGGUCCGGCGGAUAUAAUAUUAUAUGUAGUAAGUACUUGUGCUAGUACAGUAUUAGCAACGUAUUGUACUGUACACGGUCCUCUUCAGUCUACAAUAAAUCUAUGUACAGUAAAAACUGCAUACACAUUAAAACAGAA